GUUUAUUUUGGCUCUAGCUGAGCCUUUCGUCUCCGCGUCGCCGCCAUUAAACAACACCGGAGCAAUGUUCACCUCCGAGGGGUCGAGGCGUCCGUAGGCCCGGCCGAGCGGGCUGCUUGUUCCGCGGGGUGGUUUCGUGUGUCCGUGUAGGUAAACAUGUGAGAGAAUAAAAGGCGACUUAAUACGUUGGCGAGGGAUAGAAUUGUCAGAGCAGGAGGAGGAAGACGAAGAGGAGGAAGAAGGAGAGGACAAGAAGUGUUGUUGUGCUCGUACAACACCACUUACACGGCUGACCAGGUGAUCCACAAUGACGGACCAGAGGGACAAAUGGGCCUGUGACUACUGCACCUACGAAAACUGGUCCUCCGCCACCAAGUGCACAAUGUGUCGUGCGCAGAGGUCCAGGGCUCCCAUCAUCACGGAGGAGCCGUACAAAAUUAGCCCCGACCUGGACCCCAGCCGCAAGUGGGACCUCCCGGCCAACGAGGGCGGCAGCAGCCUUCUCAUCUGCCCGGACUCCAGCGCCCGGCCCAGGAUACGCUCGGCCGGCAUGGCUGAGAUGGCCACCAAGUGGUCCUGUCAAAUGUGCACCUUCUUGAACUGGCCGCGGGCCAUCCGCUGCACGCAGUGUCUGUGUCAGCGCCCUAAGAGCUGCAGCCCCACGGAAUCCCCCCACACGUCCAGUUCCAACGCGGGCAGUCGCCCGGCGCUGCACUCCCCCGUGGACCCCUGUGAGGAGUACAACGACCGCAACAGGCUCAACACCCACCAGCGGCACUGGACAUGCUCGUCUUGCACUUACCAGAACUUGCCCAAAACGCUCAAGUGCGUGGUGUGCGACCACCCCAAGCCGUACCGCCACGAGGCCAUCGAGCUGGCGCAGCCCGCCGACCACUCGGCCAUUAUAAACGAACAAGACCGGGCGCGGUGGAGGGCCGGCGGCGGUGUCGGCGGCUGCAGCGGGGGCCAGAGGAGGUCGCCUCCUUUGGCCAAGAGGGAGGACCACGUUCAAAUGGAUUUCCAAAGGAUAGAGCUGGCGGCCGGAGCCAUGAGCGGCAAGGAGGAGCAGUCGAUGGACUUCAAAAAGCUGAAGCAGAUACGGAAUAGGAUGAGGAAGAUGGACUGGCUCUUUCUCAGUGCGUGUGCUGGCGUGGUGGAAGGCGAUCUGGCGACGGUGGAGGCCUACAAGUCGUCGGGUGGCGACAUCGCGCGGCAGCUCACGGCCGACGAGGUGCAGCUGCUCAACCGCGCGUCGGCUUUCGACGUGGGCUUCACGCUGGUCCACCUGGCCAUCCGCUUCCAGAGGCAGGACAUGCUCGCCAUCCUCCUCACUGAGGUGAACCAGCAGGCGGCCAAGUGCAUCCCCUCCAUGGUGUGCCCGGAGCUGACGGAGCAGAUCCGCAGGGAGAUCGCCGCCUCGCUGCAUCAGCGCAAAGGAGACUUUGCCUGCUACUUCCUGACAGACUUGGUCACUUUCACGCUGCCUGCAGAUAUUGAGGACCUUCCGCCGGCUGUCCAGGAAAAAUUGUUUGACGAAGUUUUGGAUCGAGACGUCCAGAAAGAGCUGGAGGAAGAAUCGCCCGUCAUCAACUGGUCAAUGGAACUGGGCACGCGUCUGGACAGCCGCCUGUAUGCCCUGUGGAACCGCACGGCCGGAGACUGUCUGCUGGAUUCGGUUCUGCAGGCCACGUGGGGCAUCUAUGACAAGGACUCGGUCCUCCGCAAGACCCUUCACGACAGCCUGCACGACUGCUCGCACUGGUUCUACACGCGCUGGAAGGAGUGGGAGUCGUGGUACUCGCAGAGUUUCGGUCUCCAUUUCUCUCUGAGGGAGGAGCAGUGGCAGGAGGACUGGGCCUUCAUCCUGUCUCUGGCUAGUCAGCCUGGGGCGAGCCUCGAGCAGACCCACAUUUUCGUGCUGGCACACAUCCUCCGCAGGCCCAUCAUCGUCUACGGCGUGAAAUACUACAAAAGCUUCCGAGGGGAGACGUUAGGCUACACUCGUUUUCAAGGUGUUUAUCUUCCGUUGCUGUGGGAGCAGAGCUUCUGUUGGAAGAGCCCGAUCGCGCUGGGCUACACCCGCGGCCACUUCUCGGCCCUGGUGGCAAUGGAGAACGACGGCUACGACAAUCGCGGCGCGGGCGCCAACCUCAACACGGACGAUGACGUCACCGUCACCUUCCUACCUCUGGUGGACAGCGAGAGGAAGCUGCUGCACAUCCACUUCCUGUCGGCGCAAGAGAUCGGCAACGAGGAGCAGCAGGAGAAGCUGCUCCGGGAAUGGCUGGACUGCUGCGUGACGGAAGGCGGGAUGCUGGCCGCCAUGCAGAAGAGCUCCCGCCGCCGCAACCACCCGCUGGUCACGCAGAUGGUGGAGAAGUGGCUGGACCGAUACCGGCAGAUACGGCCCUGCGCCUCGCUCUCCGACGGCGAGGAGGACGAAGACGACGACGAGUGAGACUGUCCCCCAUCUUCUUACCCCUCCCCCGCCUCUCUUUUUUUGGGGAUCUUUAACCGCUCGCAUGACUUCUAGAGCAGACCGGAGAACCCCGACUUAGUCGUCACGCCCUCGGCUUUAAUGAAGCUCCGUCCCUCAGAACAACACACGAUAAACAGUACUUAUUUAAUCAUUAAGAAAAACUGCACUAGAUGACUUUUUUUGUGUGCGUGUGUGGUUUGCCUGACAGAAAUUUAGCUCCGCCCCCUCCUAGCACCCGUUUGAUCGCUCUUGAAGUUAUUUAUUUACUGGACUUUGUUUUGCACAGACUAACAGCUGCAUUCUGUGAGGGCAUAGUGGUGGCGGCGGGGCUUUGACCUCCCAGUUUACUGACAUUUUUACGUUGUGACGCAAAAGCGGCGGCGGCGCAGAAAGAGAAGCAAACACUUUGUCUCUUUCUACAGAGUGCAUUCAUAUGAUUAAAUCUGACUCACUUGCA